AUGCCCAUCCCAACUCGCUCAGCCUCGCUGCGCGAGCCCCGUAAACACGUCUCAAAUAUCGCACGACCCACGAAAAUCUCCCCAAACACAACCGCCCCAAAGGAACCGGUUCGAUCGAAUAAUGACAACCGCCCGUCUCCCUCGCCGGCCGAGGCUGUCAUGAAAGAACAGGGCCCGACCGCUCGAGGGAGAAUCCCACUCCCUCAGCGCAGCAAUACCCAGGAGAGUAGCCGUACAGGCCAGCUACGGUUCCAGCCACCCGGCAGCAGAUCGAUCCCACGAGACCCCUCACCGAUGAGACAUGAGGCAUCACCUGUCAAGAAGCAAGCUCCGUCAGAGUCGAUGGCAGUAAAGCCCGUGGUGCCUCCAACCAGGCGGCAAAGCAUCAUGCGACCUAGCGCGAUUAAGAUACCCGCCACUAAAUCUACGACUUCUACAUCGAAGAGCUCGGCGCCUCCGUUUGCGCCGCCCUCACCCCGAAAACCAACAGGUAGACGGUCACCCGUGCAACCAGUGCAACCCCCCGCGAGGAGACCCGCAUCACCAAAGAAAACGGAGAUGCUGCCCCCACCGCGCCCUGCGCGGUCUGCUUCCCUAAGGCAGCCUGUCAGUGCCGGGAAGAUUCCACCAGUGGCCAAGGGCCAUACGCGACACCGAAGCCAAUUGACGCAAAGCACCAAGCCAGUCGAAUCAACGUCAACGCAGCGUUCUCGCGCGAUAUCUACGUACCAACGGCCCUCCUCCCCCAAAAAAUUCUCCAAGCCCCCCACGCCGACCCCCGGAAGCGGGCCUCAGCCGGAUAAUCUGCUCAUUCCCUCGUCAUGGCCGGAUAUCACAGCAUUGCAGACAGAGCUCCUCCAACUCAGCCUGUCUCACUUGAAUCUGACGCACCAACAUUCCGAGUGGAAGUCCGAGUCUGAAUUACAUCUACAAAGCAAAUACGAAGGCGUUGCUGCUCAGUACCGCUCUUUGGUUGCUGAUGAAACUAGACAUCAGUAUCAACUCAAUGUCCAUGCACUGGGACUCUGGCUGUCCAACUGCCGUGAACAUCGUGGCUCGCAUGACUUCCCAGAACAAAUACAAAUUCUGUCACAGGUCCUGCAGGAAGUUUCGGACAUGAUUGCGGAAAGUGGACCUUACUCCUAUAUUGUGAUGACCUUCAGAGCGUGGCUCGGGCAAGCAGAGAAGAUCCGCCAGGCCCGUGGACCAGGGUGCGUUGACGUUACUUUCGUCGACCCUCUUCCUCGAAGUUGGAAGGAACCCGUUCAAACCCUGGGAUCUAAGCUGGAACUUUUCUCCCGGCAGCUUCAAGCGCUGGAUAUCCUUGGCUUCGGGCAGGUAGAGCGUGUGGAGCAAUCUGCCCUCGCAAGAGUAGCGAGGACCCUGGCCGACCUCAUCCAACUGAUGGUGCAAGAGAUGCGAGCUCUGCGCACGCUAGAAAUGGAAGUUGUACGUUCUGAGAGAGAGGCUGUCAGUCUCCUUGCGAGUCGACUUGCAGGCUCGGCGAGGGAAUCUAAGGCUCCAAAGGCUGGAGCCUGGAGAUGCUAG